AAAACGCUAGACGUAUGAAUUAAUUCGACUGUUGUUUACAAAAGUAGUAAAACAGUGAGUCGUCAUGUUACACAUAAGGCCGCGCAAACAUUUAGCAGUGCCGAGUCCUUAAAACAGAAUCUCUGUGUGAAUGUGUACAGUGGUAGUCACAUCAAAUAGCUUAAAUAAAACCAAAAAGGAUAUAAAAAUGGUCCGACAAAAUAAAAACAUAGUUAUUGUUUCUUUUUGUCGGUGCAAUGACAUGACAUGUCAACAUACUCAAUGCUGACAAAUGUCAUUAUUGUCAAUAAAGUCAAAAGUGAAAGAAGCGUAAAGUUGAAUGGAUGGACGUCUAUCACGUAUAGAAAAAAAUUAUUAUUUUAUUACCGUAAACAAAGAUAAUUAAACUUAUUGCUCUGAAAUAGCAUGUGUUAUUCGAAGUUCAGUUACAAUGGAGAUAUGUAGAGUAUGUUUAACAACAGAAAAAGAUGUGUUUCCAAUUGACGAACAUUUCGUUAUAAAUUAUAACUUGUUGACGAACUUAAACGUCACUUUACUUGAUGGAUUGCCACAAUUCUCAUGCCAGACUUGCUUAGAAACUGUCAAGAGUUUUAUAGAAUUUAGAGAAAAAUCUAUUACAUCUGAAACAACACUCAGAAAAGUUAUAUGUGCUGAAGGUGUUAAAGAAGAAAAUGAAGAAAGCAUCUUAAAAAAUGAAAAUGAUCUAAUAGAGACUGAUGCCUUUGAAACUGAAAAUAAACCAAUACAAAGUGAAUCCACAGUUGUUAAAACAGAAAUAAAAUCAGAAGAAGAAGCUAUUCUAGACAAUUAUGAAAUUGGAUUUGAUGAAUAUGCAGAUGAAGAAUUCAUUAAAGAAAGUGAAGAUGAACUACGACCAAUAAUAUUGAAGAUAAAAAAUACUUGUAAAAAAUCAAGGGUUAAAAAGAAGUCUGUCAAGAAGUCCAAUUUAAUAGAAAACUUCUCUGAUCAUGAUAAUCAUUUAUGGUAUUGUGGUAUGUGCCCGAAAACAUUUGACAAUCAAACUGACUUAAACACUCAUAUUGAUGUUCAUAAAAACUGGAGGAGGUGUGAACUAUGCCAAGAUACUCUGAACAGUGUGUCACAAAUGCUUGCUCAUAGAAUUAUGCAUGUACCAAAGAAACAGCAAGAAUGUCACAUUUGUGGAAAGAAAUACAAGUCAUGUGUGUAUCUGGAAUUUCACUAUAGGAAUGUGCAUAUUGAAGGUGAUGACCCAAAACUUAGUUGUAAACACUGUAAUACCAAAUAUAACACACCAAAACAGCUGAGCGGCCAUAACUUACAAGUGCAUUCUGAUAUUAGAUUUAUCUGCGACGUGUGUUCUAAAGGAUUCCAUAGCCGAGCUAAUUUGAAAUCCCACAUUAAGGUCCAUAGCGAUAAAAAGUCUUACAUCUGUGAUUUGUGUGGAUUCAAAUGUAAACAAAGCACAGGGCUCAGGGAUCACAAAAUAAGAAGGCAUUCGGCGGGAAAAGUAAUUUGUAAAAACUGCAAACGACCAUUUGAAAAUCAAUUUGACUACGACAAACAUAAAUUGAGUUGCUUAAAGAAAUCAAAAUUAACCGUGUGUCCAAUAUGCGGACGACAAUUUAAUCGUAAUGGAAGCUUAGCAAAGCAUAUGAAUGUUCAUAGCACAAUUCCAAAGUACGAGUGUAAACGAUGUCCAGCUAAAUACAAGACGAAAGAUGGUUUGUUAAGUCACUUGAACCGCCACGAUGGGAACCGGACCAAGCAGUGUGAAUACUGCCCAGCUAAGUUUUAUACCGCAGCCGUGCUCAUCAAACACCGUCGGACACAUACAGGAGAAAAGCCAUACGUGUGUAAGGUGUGUCACAAAGGAUUCACAGCAAAUUUCAACCUCAAAGUACAUAUGAAAGUACACGGAGAAUAUUUAGUUGUUAAAAAGCAAGAGGAGUCAACUAAUGUUACUGAUUAACCAUUCGGGCGCCGGAAUACUCACAGCUGGAGUAAAACAGCUCACAUGGCGGUCUUGUUAAGGGUAAUUGGGUGUAUUAAAGUUUAUAUCUGUUAUUUAAUUCUAUUUUUCCAAAAUGUUACUUAACUAAUAAUAAAGAUAUUUUUAGAAAA